AUGGCUUCUUUCGACACCAUGACCGAAGCCCUUCAUGCCGUGACUGCCAUCAAAAUACCCGAGCUUAGAAAGCAAAAACAAGCAUAUGAGCGCGCCAAGCAGUCGCUGUUAUUAAAAGCCCAGAGCGAGGCAGAUAACAGGGAGCGAGUCCAGUUGCUGCUCGACGGAUCUGAAGAGCUUCCUGGCAUAAAAGACCUGAGGACUCACCCUCUCUUCAACAUCUCCCAUCUAUGGUCUUUUGUCGAGCAGGCAAGAUUCGAUCCCUCUAUUUCAGAGCAGGUCUUGGCCGAUUACGAAAACACCGUCCGGAACCAACUCGAUGCCGAGACAGCAAAGUACGAUUUUACUGAGCUAUAUGGGGAGUUGGUGAAGGAGUGGACAUCCUCCAACAAUGCAAAUGCGACAGACUCUGAGAGCGGGUUCGCUGCCCUCGGACAUGAGGAAAUGCAUCAGCAGCGCGCCGCCUUAGAGGAGUAUGUAUUCAACGCCAAGAAAACAGACACUGCCGCAAUAAACGCGUAUCUUGAUGAGAUCUUUACAAACAACCCUUCCAAGGAGGUGGUGAGCGCGUUCGAGAGACUCCGAAGCCAGAUCAAAAAUUUGCAAACGAACUGGGACAGGUCAUCACACUUCGAGACGGAGGUAGUCACCAAAUGCAUUAAGAAUAUCAUAGAUAACAGCGUCAUCUCAGAUUCAAAACAGUCAGCGCUACGUGGCUUUCUAGAGAAUGAGAUUGUCAUCGAGGAGAUAGCGGACGCCAUGAACAUACGCAUGGCCGCACGCAAUUCCUUCGCGCUGGACGGCCCGACAAUCAUUGAGCAGCGGCGGCAGCUCAACGGCCGGUGCCGUUUCUAUCCUGACGAGGACCUCCUGCAGAUGAUCUUCCUCCAGUAUAUCGGCGCGAAAUGGGCGCUUGAACUCAAGCGAGCUCUUACCGAGUUCACAUUCGCCGAUGGUGUUUUGAAGUCUGCGUCAGGGAAGCUGAGCAAACAGGCUCUUCGACGCCGUCAGUUUUUCUUAGGCAACGGCCCUGCGCUCCAAAGGCAUAGUGUCGAGUACCAAAACCACACGACUUGGAGAACUAAUAUCUUUCUCGAUCAGCUUCCGGACGGGGCUGGAUCCGAUUGGAUGGACGAUGAGGACAAGCCCGAACAUGGCUAUGAGGAAGACUAUCCCCUCCAGAAUACUCGCAAUUCUCAGCAACUUCUCCAUCGCAUCCAGGCCCAUCUAAUCGUACGGAGGAAAUUGAAGAUGAACACAGCGGUGAUUCGAUCUGAUUUCAAGUGGCUUGGUCCCUCGCUUCCUCACAGCUCGAUCUUUGCAGUCCUAAGAUAUUUAGGUGUUCAAGAGGAGUGGAUUGAUCUUUUCAAGAAAGUUCUGGAGGCUCCAAUCACUUUCAAGGAUGACUCGCCAGAUUCAGCGCCUCGUGUCCGGAAGCGUGGUACUCCCAUUGGCACCCGUCUGACGACGUUUUUUGGCGAAGCCGUUCUCUUUUGUGUAGAUUUCGCUGUGAACCAGAAAACCAAUGGCGCUAAGCUCUGGCGUAUGCAGGAUGAUUUCUGGCUCUGGGGCGAUACUGAAGUUUGCUCCAAAGGCUGGGACACCCUAACGAAAUUCUCCCAUGUCAUGGGCUUGGACUUUGACGAGGAGAAGACAGGAUCAUGCCAGGUCCUCGCGGACGGAUCCGAGGAGCAAGCUAACGCCAAUGCCAAUCUUCCCAGCGGCGACCUGGUUUGGGGUCUUACUAAACUGGAUGCUGCUUCUGGAGAGUUCGUGGUUAACCAAGAAAAGGUGGAUGUAUACAUCGAGGCACUCGACCUUCGGCUCAAAGCGUCCAACAGCAUCUUUGAUUUCGUCCUGGCCUGGAACCUCUAUGGGUGCCGCUUCUUCCUACAAAAUCGCUGCUGGAUUAACGUAAGCAAUACACGCCAGCAGGUUCAUGAGUUGCUCGAAACCUUUCGACGUAUCCAGUCCCGAGUAUUCCGAUCAUCCAAUGGGAGCAUCGAGCAACACUUGAAGCGGAUGAUUCAGGAUCGUUUUGGAGUGUCAGACAUCCCCGAUGGCUUCCUCUACUAUCCGCCAGUGCUGGGUGGGUUGGGGUUAGAAAACCUUUUCAUUUAUCUCAAUCUGUCCGCCCACUCCACGGCCAAGAGCUCCGAGGAAUUUCUUGAAACGUUCUUCCAGAACGAGAAGAACGAAUAUGGUUCGCGAAAGAAGAUUUUUGAGGAACUAGGCACAAGCAACGGGAGUUCCGGCCAGACCGUCGAUCCAGUCGUUUCGGGAGACAACCCUGAGAAGAACCAGAGUCGCCGCGCCGCUGGAGGCUUUCCGGAACCAAUUGGAGAUUGGGCCGACCUUCAAGAUGAGCCAUUCAUGAGUUUCGAAGAGUUCGUCCAGCAUCGGGAAGUGACAAGCGUGGCUCUAGGGAUGGAAUAUGGAUGCUUAUUUCAAGAGCAAGGUCAGCCCGAGAUUGAGAUAGCGAAGGAGCUUACCCUGAGCCGUGAGUAUCUUUCGCAAGUAGAAGCCCGCACACGUUGGAAUAACUACGACAAAUGGGUCAUUCAGUUGUAUGCGAAGGAGAUGGGGGCGCGCUUUGGUGGUGUUUUCGCGAUUAAGAAGGGAUUACUGCCAGCUGGUCUCAUUAAAAUGUUGCUCGAGAGCCGGUUAUCGUGGAAGAACUAG